GUUGGAAAACACAGUCUCAUCUAUAACAAAAGAAUGGUCAAUUUUUCUGUAGCCUCACUCACCCAAGUUGUUUUGCUGUUGGUUUUCAUCUGCUGGACGACGAGUUCGACUUGCGCUGCCUUUUCCUUGGAGGAUGAAUUCCUACAACUGAAGGAAAAUUAUAUUCAAAUGAAACAAGUCGUGACAAGUUUGGAGGCCAAAGUUGAACAAUUGAAAAAUUUGGAAUCGACAGCGAUUGAACAGCAGGGAAAAGUGACACAAAUGGAGGCGCAACUUGAACUAAAUAAUGAACUAAGAAAAGAUUUGGCAUUGAAAGUAAUUCAACUAGAAGCAAAAAAUGUCCAACUGGAAGUCAAAAUUAAGGACCAAGACAGAAAAUUAACUUCCCUGUUGGAAGCGACUGAACUUCCGGUUUCCACUGAUUCAAAAUUAUUUCCAGUUAAUAAAGAAAUUUCAAUUCGAUCAACUGGAAGGAGCGGAAUCCCAAGGACAUGCAGUGAACUUCGUGCGGCCGAUCCUUCACUUUCAUCCGGAAUGCACUGGAUCGAUCCGGACGGACAAGGUUUUGGCAAUGACCCAAUUUACGUUUACUGCGAUAUGACAUCAGGAUCGACCUCAAUUCUGCACGAUAGUGAAUCUUCUUUAAAUGUUGGCCACUGCGCCGAUGCCGGAUGUUAUUCACGUUCCAUCAACUACAAUUCGUCAAUGGGACAAAUCAAAGCUUUGAUGGAAUUAUCCACUGAAUGCCAUCAGUCGAUUAGAUAUGAUUGCAACUAUGCCCCAUUCGAGUUAAAUGGCGUCGCCUAUUCCUGGUGGAACGACAGAGAAGAAAAUCCGCAAUACUUUUGGGCCGGAAGUAACACGGACGGAGUUCACACCUGCCAGUGCGGAAUUGAUGGAAACUGUGUCGAUUUAGCGGUGAAAUGCAACUGUGACACGAUUUCACCACUUCAAUUAGUCGACGACGGUGUAAUUACCGACAAAAAUGUUCUGCCCGUCACUCGUUUGAAUUUCGGACGAACUCAACUGGAAACUUCAUCCGGCGUCCACACGCUUGGCCGACUCGUGUGCACCGGAUUAGUGACUUUGACUGGACUGCCAAAGUCGUGCCAGGAUUUGUGGUUAAUUGGCCACACCCUGAACGGAUUUUAUUCCGUCAUGGGAUCGGCCAAAAUGGAAUCCGUUUACUGCGAUUUCACUAAACUACCGGACGAUGCGGGAUUCCAGAAAUGGAUUGGAUUCGUCGACGUCAAAUCGGCGCCCGUCCAUUUCUACGUCCAGAGAAAUUCUUCAUUUUACAACCAAUACACUCCAAUUCCGUUCGAGUUGGCGCGGGUGAACGAGGGAAACGCCAUGAAUUUGACAUCGGGGAAAUUCACGGCCCCGCGACCGGGAAUUUAUUUUUUCUCAUUCACGGGAGUGGCGCAACUUGAUUCUUCAUCUUCUUAUGUUGAUUUUUAUUCUCGUCUUUUUUUGAACGGGAAUGUAAUCGGGUCGAGUGAAGUUUACGAGAAUAACGGCCCCGUUUAUCAAGAUAGUCCGUUUAUCCUCCAGUCGACGCUGAACUUGGAAACAGGCGAUCAAGUCUGGGUGACGUUUUCUUAUUCUGGUGGUUCAUCCUCGUAUUUGUAUGACAGCAGUUACCACUACACCCAUUUCACAGGUUUCCUGUUGGAGGAGGAAAUUGCGGCGUCACUUUGAGGUUUUGGGUUCAAAAUCCAAAAUUCGCAAAAUGAACGUCGACGCGAAAAUUUGGGGAAGGGAAUUUUAAGGGGGAAGGGAAAUAAACUCAUUCGUUUCCAAUUCAUUAAGGGGUAGCCAUUUCUUUACGAAAAUUGAACUGUGGAUGAAAUUGUACUUACUUAAUACACUAACCAAGUUUCAAAAUUCUAUCUGUAAAACUCUAGACGUGACCAUCAAAAAACCGAUUUUGAUUGCCAGAUUGACAAAAAACGGGAGGCCUUGAAAUGAGAGAAAAUUCAUUUGUCCCUAAUUCAACUACGGAUCGGAAUUUUCAAAUAAUUUUUUUACCGACGAAUUACCAUUUCAGUUGUGCACUCGUCCAGAAAAAAUUUCUUUACAAAAAUUGAACUGUGGAUGUAAUUACACUUACUAAAUACACAAGCCAA